CUUGCCCAGAGAGAUGCUGACGAUGCGGUGGGCUUCCCGCUGGAACUCCAUGCCGCCGGUGCCCGGCAGCGCGGAUCCGGAGACACUCCGCCGCUCCCGCCGCCUGCCCAGCCACAGCCGCUGCCCGCGUCCAGCACCGCUGCCCGCGUCCGGCCUCGGCGGCGCCGCCGCCGCCCCGCCUUAUAUGGGCCCCGGCCGCCAAUCACAGAUGGCGCCAACCGUCGGGCCGGCCGCGCGGCCAAUGGGAGCCCGAGCAGGGCGCCGGGUGCGUUCGAACGCGAACCCCGCGGAGCUGGCCCUUUAAAGGGAGCAAGGCGGGGCCGCCGCGGGGUGUGCGAAAGGCUGAGCUGCACCGGCUGGCGCGGGCAGGGCCAGCUCAGCGGAGGGGCCCGGCUUGCGCUGCCUGCUGCCCGCUGCCCGCUGCCCGCUACCCGCGACUGCGCCCCUGACCGAGCCUGCAGGCGCACAGGUGCCCAGCGUCCGUCCGAGCACGGGGCCGACCCUUGAAGUCGCCGGCCGGCCUCACCGGGGACACAGGGCUUCUCCUCUGCAGACCACAGCUGGCACCCGGCCCCUGUACUCCACCACAGACCCAGCGGCACCCUUGGGAGAACCUAGCGCACUCGACAACUACACCUCCUGUGUAUCGUGAAAUCCCCCUGGGGGAAACAUCGGUACUCAGACGCCCACAGUACUCGUCCUGGAACACGGGUGCCUGCCCCUCCUCUUCCUUCUUCACCGGGAGCUUCGAGCAAGGCCCUGGGAGCAGAAGAGGUGUGCAACCGUUCAAGAGGCAUGCAACCAUCCAAGAGGUGUGCAACCAUCCAAGAGGCGUGCAAUCAUCCAAGAGGCGUGCAACCAUCCAAGAGGCAUGCAACCAUCCAAGAGGCGUGCAACCGUCCAAGAGGUGUGCAACCAUCCAAGAGGCGUGCAAUCAUCCAAGAGGCGUGCAACCAUCCAAGAGGCAUGCAACCAUCCAAGAGGCGUGCAACCAUCCAAGAGGCAGGCAACCGUCCAAGAGGUGUGCAACCAUCCAAGAGGCGGGCAACCAACAUGCAACCAUCCAAGAGGCGUGCAACCACCCAAGAGGCGUGCAACCAUCCAAGAGGCGUGCAACCAUCCAAGAGGCGUGCAAUCAUCCAAGAGGCGUGCAACCGUCCAAGAGGCGUGCAAUCAUCCAAGAGGCGUGCAAUCAUCCAAGAGGCGUGCAACCAUCCAAGAGGUGUGCAACCGUCCAAGAGGCGUGCAAUCAUCCAAGAGGCGUGCAACCAUCCAAGAGGCGUGCAACCGUCCAAGAGGCGUGCAAUCAUCCAAGAGGCAUGCAACCAUCCAAGAAGCGUGCAACUGUCCAAGAGGCAUGCAACCACCCAAGAAGCGUGCAACUGUCCAAGAGGCGUGCAACCGUCCAAGAGGCGUGCAACCGUCCAAGAGGCAUGCAACCAUCCAAGAGGCGUGCAAUCAUCCAAGAGGCGUGCAACCAUCCAAGAGGCGUGCAACCAUCCAAGAAGCGUGCAACUGUCCAAGAGGCAUGCAACCACCCAAGAAGCGUGCAACUGUCCAAGAGGCGUGCAACCGUCCAAGAGGCGUGCAACCAUCCAAGAGGCGUGCAACCAUCCAAGAGGCGUGCAAUCAUCCAAGAGGCAUGCAACCAUCCAAGAGGCGUGCAACCAUCCAAGAAGCGUGCAACUGUCCAAGAGGCAUGCAACCACCCAAGAAGCGUGCAACUGUCCAAGAGGCGUGCAACCGUCCAAGAGGCGUGCAACCGUCCAAGAGGCGUGCAACCAUCCAAGAGGCGUGCAAUCAUCCAAGAGGCGUGCAACCAUCCAAGAGGCGUGCAACCAUCCAAGAAGCGUGCAACCGUCCAAGAGGUGUGCAACCGUCCAAGAGGCGCGCAACCAUCCUGUCUGACAAGAACGCUGUGCAGGUGAAAGGCCAAGACAUCACUAGUGCCACAUCCUGACUCUCAGUGUAAGAAGAAACCAUUCCAGAAAUAGUCACAUAUUUCCACAGGGCUACACUGCUUAGAUGACAAUAUGGACAUUGCCUGUGGCCACGCUGAAAACAAACUAAACACAAGUGUGCAAGUCAGCAGGCACCAGGACAGAGAGGCCAAGGUGGGAGCUCCGUUCACAGGAUCAGGUGGACCACAGCACAGGGAGCAGACGUGGCAGGCAGGUUCUCAGAGCUGUGGCACCUGGAGGAUCUUCCUCUGUGGCUGUGAGGGUUAAGGUCAGAGUGCAAAGGGCACCACAAAGGCAAAGGAGGGCAGAAGCUGCAACUGAGACACACGUGUAGCUGGGACCCUGAGGUGUCACACGCCUGGGACAGGUGUUCAGGGCCAGUCCCGAGGCUGGGACCCUGAGCUGUCAGGGCUGCGAUGUGCAGGCAGGGUCUUAGAGGGGGAUGAGGGGAGGUGGCACUGAUCACACUGGGCCCAGUGGCAGCGCAGCCCAUGCAGGAGGCCAAUGUGGUGAGGCCCAUUUGGGACUGGGGACAGGAGGAAGCAUCCAGAAGGUGUUAGUUCUCACACCGGGGCUUCUGCGUACUCUGGUGUGUACAAAGACAAGCAUCUGUGUGACGUGAGUCAGGUGCAGCUACACUAGGCCAGUGUGGGAAGACAGGAGUGACACACACACGCUACGCAGCUGUGUGCAGGCGUCUGCAGUUCCCCCGGAGGUGAACUUAAGUCUGAUCAUUGUUCUUCUUAACUUUCCAUGAAAGAAGGCGAGAUCUCAUCCAAUGAUCAGACCACGUGUGCUCCCAAGAUUCCAAGCUGCCAGGAAUGGCUGCCCCAGGAAAAAGGCCCAGAAAUGUCCUCAGGCCAGGAAGUGAGUAGGCCGGCCAGGUCUGCUUGGGCUCUCACAGGGGAGGGGCAAAGCCCUGUCUGUAGGAUCACAGCACCCAGGAUAUUGAAGCUCUCGCACAACAAACGUUCUUCUCGAGAGAGAAGAUGAAUAGAAAGGCCGUGCAGCGAGGUGCCCUUGUGCGAUGGCCACGUGCAGGCUCGAUGUUCAAGUCAAAGCAUUGAAGAAGCCGCCUGCCUGGGUGACAAGGUUCUCUGACCUGUUAGUGAGUCCUUGUUGAGAAAUGGGAGGUAGGGAUGUGCCCUGUCCCCAGACAGCUGCCUUGGAGCCCACAGGAGGCAGAGUGGCGACCAAAACCUACAGAAGCUGAUGGCUUUACCUCGCUUUGUCAAGAUCCUCUUAGUACUUGACAGAUUUUAACCCAAAUUCACAAACUGUAAGAUAAAAGCAGGAACUCACAGUCUGUGUCAUUCCUGAAAGAAGUGAAUAUUAUGAAAUAAUUAGUUUUUUACUUCAGCAGCUGUCAUUCAUUGUUGUACUUUCUAAAGAAAACAUUAAUGAUGCUCUGGCUGCCUGAGUUUCUUCUCUUUUUUAAAGAUGUAUGUUUUGAAAGGCAGAGUGUGUCUAGAGAAGGAGAGACAGAGAGAGACAUCUUCCCAUCCACUGAUUCACUCUCCAAAUGGCCACAACAGCCAAGGCUGAGCCAGGCCAAAGCCAGGAGCCAGGAGCUUCUUCCAGGUCUUCCACAU